GUUGCACCCGGACAAAAUAAAAUGACGGACUAUGGAUCCUAGUGUGGAAAACAGCGUUAAGGCCGUGAGAAAGAGUAAAGAGGAGAAGAAAGUCCUACGAAAACAAUUAAAAGCGAGUCACACUUUGCUGAAACAUGAAGGCAUCACCACGGCUCCGCUGCCAACCAAGAGUUUGGUGGUGGCGAACGGCGGCUUGGGGAAUGGUGUCAGUCGAGAGGAGCUGUCUGCAGCACUGAAAGAGAUGGGGGAGGUGGAGGCCUUGAUAAUGCCCCCUCACAAGCCUUAUGCUUUUGUCACGUACAGAUGUGAGGAGAGUGCUCGGAAAGCCGUCGUCCACCUAAAUGGACAAAAGCUGCAGUGUGGAGAGAACAGUGUCACACUCUACCUCAGUUAUGUUACCUCGGUAACCUGUGAGAAGGAGAAGUCUGUUCCCUUACCGGAGGGAUUAGUCUUGGUGGAAGAUUUUGUGUCUCCAGAGGAAGAGGCUCUGUUGCUCGCUGCUAUAGACUGGUCGUCCACCAAUGAUGAUGUCACUGCUCAAAAAGCUCUGAAGCAUAGAAGAGUUAAACAUUAUGGCUUUGAAUUUCGCUACGACAACAACAACGUGGAUAAGGACAAGCCAUUACCUGCAGGUCUUCCUGAGGAGUGUCUUCCUGUUCUGGAGCGGUGUUUGAGGAACGGCCACAUCGACAUCAUGCCAGACCAACUGACUGUCAACCAGUACGAGUCUGGACAGGGUAUUCCUCCUCAUGUGGACACUCACUCUGCCUUUGAGGACACCAUCCUAUCACUGAGCCUGGGGGCAAAGACGGUGAUGGAAUUCCGUCAUCCCGAUGGUCGUCUUGUUCCAGUGAUGUUGCCAGGGCGGAGCCUCCUGGUGAUGAAGGGAGAGAGCAGAUACCUCUGGACCCACGGAAUUACUCCUCGGAAAUUUGACAUGGUGCCGGCCUGUGACCCACAAUCCCCUGCUCAUGCAACUUCUGACCUCGGGACCAACUGCAAUCUCACCUUGAGCAAGAGAGGCACCCGCACUUCUUUCACUUUCCGCAAGAUCAGACAUGAACCCUGCCGCUGUGCCUUUCCCUCUGCCUGUGACAGUCAGGGAGCUCCAUCAGCACCCUCGCCCUCUCCCCCUUCACUUCCCUGUUGCCAUGCCGACGCCACCCGCCUGGAGGAGGAGUACGUGCACCGGGUGUACGACGCCAUCGCCACACACUUCAGCAGCACCCGCCACUCCCCCUGGCCUCGCGUUUGCCACUUCCUGUCCUCACUCCCACCUGGCAGCGUGCUCGCUGAUGUGGGCUGUGGAAAUGGGAAAUACCUGGGUGCCAACCCAGACGUGAUUGCAGUCGGCUGUGACCGUAGCAGUGCCCUUGUCCAAAUCUGUGCAGAGAGAGGUUUCCAGGCGUUCGUAUCCGAUGCUCUCAGUGUCCCUCUGCGAACAGCCUCCUGUGAUGCCUGUAUCUCCAUAGCUGUCAUACACCACUUUUCCACUCCGGAACGUCGGCUAGCAGCAGUGAGGGAGCUGGUGAGACUUUUGAAGCCUGGAGGUCAAGCGCUCAUCUAUGUUUGGGCUUUUGAACAAGAGUACAACAAGCAGAGGUCCAAAUACCUCAAAGAACAGAACAAAGAGCAUCCUGAACACCUCAGUCCAGACAACAACACAUCAGAAGACAGACAGGAGCCUCAUGGGAAACCCAGAAUCCAUACCAGCGGUCAUUUAGAAGACAACUGCAGGCCUGCAGACAAAGUGACUGAUGGCAAACUUAGUGUGCACACUAACCGGACAACCUUCAACACCCAGGACCUUUUGGUUCCCUGGCAUCUGAAAGAGGGGAAAAGACAAGGGGAGGAAGAAUCAGGAGAGAGUGGGAGGAAGGACAAAAGGAAAGAGAAGUCCAAAACGGCUUCAGGUAACUCUCACAGCCCAGACUCUAAACCCAGUCCAAGUGAUGACUCCAUUCAAACUUCCAGCUCUACGCUCAAGUCUGAGUCUGGGAGCAGCCCAGCACCCGUCUUCCACCGCUAUUACCACGUUUUCCAGCAGGGGGAGCUGGAGCAGCUGUGUGCUCAGGCGGCAGGAGUCAAAGUGCAGAGCAGCUACCACGAUCAGGGAAACUGGUGUGUUAUAUUAGAGAAGGACUGAGGGAGAUGAACUGACUGACAGACACAUAAUUUAUAGUAACUCUGCUACAAAUACAUGUUGGAAGAUGAUAACACAAUGUAAUUAAAAACUCUUUCACUUGCUUAAAUGUUAAAGAGAAGAAUGAACAGAAAAGUGCUGCAAAAUAAAUGUAAUGAUUUUAUAAAAUGUC